AUUUGUGUAUUUUCCAAAUAUAAUUCGGUCUUCAUCUUUGCAAAUAAAAAUUAUUACCUCCUCAUUCAUUCUCUUUUUCAAUAAUCUCUAGUACAGGAACUUCAUUUGACAUCAUUGACGUCAUUUGUCGAGUUAUUUAUAUUCCAACACUUGUCCUGCAAGACUUACAAGAGGGCAGGUGGUUGUAACUUGAAACUUUGCCAAAAUAUAAUUUUGUUCUUCACACGACCCAGGUGAGCGAUCAGCGACUCUGUUGUUACAUUGGCCUAACGUUUGUCGACAUUCUAUCAGGGACCUGAAUUGUGUGCACUCCUGAGAACUCGUACUACCACAAAAAUAUCUCAUGAAUGGGGAAGUGAGAUAUGUUGCCGAACGACUGUUGCGUGAAAGGGCAGCCCUAUCUCAAAGAAUGUUGUCCAAUCCAGGUUGGACUCCAAAGGAAGCUUUUAUUACCAGGAAGUGGGUCGAGUUAUUUAUAUUUCAACACUUGUCCUGCAGGACUUACAAGAGGGCGGGUGAUUGUAACUUGAAACUUUGUCAAAAUAUAAUCUUGUUCUUCACACGACCCAGGUGAGCGAUCAGCGACUAUUUUGAUACAUUGGCCUACUGUUUGUCUGAUAUAUACAAACAUUGGUUAAUUAAUAACCAUACGGAAUGGACCGUGAGGAUGGAUAACGAAUGAACUGCAAAUCCGGGAACCUUUUUGCCCAGCCAGACACCUGCACCUGUUCAUCUCCUUGUCAGGGGGCGUUGUGAUGAAGAUCCAUGAGAAACUUUUAACUCAUUACCUGUCCUGCCCUUCACCUGUCGAUAAAGAGGGAUACCUCUAUAAAAAGAGAGAGCGAAACACCUCGUACCACAGGCGCUGGUUUGUUUUAAAGGGAAACUUACUGUUCUAUCAGGAACGACCAGCAGAUCGCCACCUGCUGGGGGUCAUCGUUUUGGAGGGCUGCAUUGUCCAGCCCAAUCCUCCAGAGGGCCAGUUCUGUUUCUCACUGGUGUUCACGGGCCCGGGACUCAGGACCUACGGGCUUGCAGCGGAUGACUGCCUGGGUCAGGAGAGUUGGGUCCAUGCCCUUCACUCCGCCAGCCACACCUGCCUCUCACUGCUGGUGAAGGAGCUGGGCAGGCUGUACGAAGAAGCAAAACGAGUUUCUGGUGAAUCCAGUCAGUCCCCUCCUGUGACAGAAAAAGGACUGAACCAAUCGAUGGCCACAUUUAAUCCAGGCUCCUCCUACUCCCUGCAGGGCAAAGGAACAGCAAUGAGAGAUCCAAGGGCCUAUGGUGGCAGCCAUACACUUCCAGCCCCCCUCAUCACCAUCAAAACCACCAAUAAAAGAUCCCCCAAACUCUGGCCUAAAAGAAACGCACUUGUCACACCCUUAAACGGUCCUGCCCCAACAUAUGGGGAGUGGCCUUUGGUGGGCUCAGAUACAUUAGAGGAUUUCAGCAAACUGCAUGAGCACUAUGGCGACGAGGUGAGGCAGCUGAGAGCUGAUUGGCUGAGAAGGAAACACGAAGAGGAGGGACACAUUGAGGAGGACCUGAUUGAUCUUGGAUAAACAAAAAUGGAGAGGUUCAAAAGACAGUAUUUGUGUACUGUUAAAUGAGUAACUGUCGCUUCCCUUUUCAUCACUUCCUCAGUAGUUUCUCCAAAACCUAUUCAGGAAGGUUUACCUCACUCAAUGUCCUCACCUCACAUGUUUUGAAAAUGAGAGCUGGCGUCAUUCUCAACGUGCUUGUAGCCCCAAACCUGCUCAUGUUUGCACACCAUUAGAGAGGAGUGAGUUGGCCUGUCUGAACAUGUGACAUGUAUGUGUGUUCAGUUAAGAGCAUGAGUGUUCUCAUGGCACAGACAGGAGAGCGCUCAGGCAUAAGGCUCAGGGCCUUUUGGAUCAAUUAUUCACCGCGUUGCUGUCCAAACAUGACUCCCCUUCUCUAUACUGGCUUGCUUUCCCUUGUAAGGCAUUUUACUUUUUUCUGCUUAAUCUCAAAAAAAUCUUUGUGCUUGCUGAUUAGCUAAUAUGACCUGCAACAAAAUGCACACUUGAAAUAAGCAUGCUGUAUACCUUGAGCUCAACCAAUGAAGCCAUGCAAAACCCCAGAGCGCCUAUACUGCACUCUUACUGGAAGUUACUCUGAUGCAUGUACUAUUUGUACUCUAGCCUUACAUAUUGUCUCUCUGUAUGUAUUGUUGAGUAUUGCAAGAUGUAUUUUGAAAGUGCAAGGUAAAACAUGUAGAAAUAUGCUGCAAAAUCCUGGAUAUACCUAAACUGAAGUCACUGAAAUACCCAUAUUGAAACCAUGGAUAUAUCUAUACUGAAAUCACUGAUAUACCUAUACUGAAAUCAUGGAUAUACCUAUACUGAAAUCACUGUAGUGGGACAAAUGGAUUGAUUUAUGUCAGACUGCAAAUAUGGAUUCUGUUACAUAAAAACAACUAUUUAAAAUGAUACUAUUUAAUAUCUUUUUAAUAUUUUUAAGGGAGUUUUUGGAUGUGUAUUUUCUCAUUGAUGGUCUUGGUGAUGAUGAUCAUACAAGACAAAGACACAAAGUGGAAUACUUUUAAUAGAGGCAACCAUAAGAUGAGUGAUGCAUAACCUGUAUGGAUUGCCAAAAUGGGUGAAAGAAAAUCUAAUUACGUGUAUGUUUAUAUGCUGAGGUUGUGGAAUAUUUACACAUUAAAAAUAUAAACCAAAA